AUGGCUUCGAAUGGAUGGAAGUAUGCAGUGAACGAGGCUGUUCUCCAUAUCUGGAAGAUUCUCCAGGUCAACUGGCACCUCGGAGUCACUGCAUUUGGCGGGCCUCCCGUUCAUUUCAAGAUUUUCUAUGACAAGUUUGUAUUAAAACUUAAUUGGGUUGACGAGCAGCUGUAUCAGGAGCUGUUCAGCAUCUCGCAAGCUCUGUCUGGUCCUGCCAGCACAAAAAUGCUUUACUGCGUGAACCUCAUUCACGAUGGUUUCCUUGGAGCUGCCCUUGGAUUCAUCACUUGGAGUCUUCCUGGUGCUGUAGGCAUGUUUGGCCUUUCUAUUGGUAUCUCCAAUAUCGACGAGAGUUUACCUCGUGCAGUUUAUGCUGUGCUUUCGGGACUCAAUGCGGCUACUGUCGGUAUAAUUGCCCUGGCGGCAGUCGAGCUCUCAGAUAAAGCAAUCACGGACCGCCUCACCAGAAUACUGGUCUUUCUCUCUGCUACCGCUGGUAUGCUAUACAAUGCGCUGUGGUACUUCCCAGUUCUUAUGUUUGCAGCGGGUUGCAGUACGGUUACAUACGACUACCACUGGCUUCACCGACCUAUCCAAGCUAUAUUUAAGCUCAUAAAGGGAAUUACAAGGUUUCGUCUUUCUGACGUGGGAGGAAACAGCAGAGAUGAAAGCGGUCCUGCUCUUGAAGCCAAUAGUUCCGGCGAGGCGCUCGACGUUCAGAACCAGAAUUCCACUCGGGAAUCUGAGCCACGCAUUAUACCACAGGGCCGUCGCUUGGAUAUCUCCUGGAAGUCCGGUGCAGCGAUAAUUGCAACAUUCUCUCUUUCCUUCGUUAUUGUCAUGGUUCUUCGAGGCGUCUUACCUCGGCCUCCGCUCUUGUAUAAACUCUUCGCCAACCUUUACCUUGCUGGGACUAUUAUCUUUGGCGGUGGUCCGGUCGUUAUUCCACUCUUGAGAGAAUAUAUAGUGACUGAAGGAUGGGUCAGCCCGCGCGACUUUCUCAUCGGCCUCGCCGUCAUACAAGCAUUUCCUGGGCCAAACUUCAACUUCGCUGUGUUUUUGGGCGGCUUAACCGCUAUCCAUGGCGGAUACCCCGCGAUCACAGGAGCCAUUAUUGCUUUUUGUGGAAUUUUCGCUCCUGGCAUUACUCUCGUUCAUGGCACAAUGGGGGUUUGGGGAGUAUUGCGAAGUCGACGUUGGGUGAAAUCUGCAGUGAGAGGCAUCAACGCUGGCGCAGUCGGUUUAAUAUACACGGCGGUGUAUCGUAUAUGGCAGAUCGGCUAUAUCGAUGUAGGUUUCCAGUCAGGUAAGAGUCUAGGGGAUGAUCCAUGGUGGGUGGUCGUGACCGCCACUAGCUAUGUGGGCGGGCGAUACUUUGGCAUUGCAGCGCCACUGGCUAUUCUUUUUGGAGCCGUGUUAGGCUUGAUCAGAUAUGCAGUGGUUUAG